AUGCUCCCCUUCUUGGCGCUGUUUGGCUUGACUGGCCUGGCAGCAGGAACCGUACAUCAGCGUGCCUCCAAAAACCUUGCCACCGACAGCUUCUUGAAGCCGGUGGAGUAUGAGCACACGCUGCGAGCGCUUUGGCUUGAGUUGCCCAGACAUGCCCAGACGGUUUGCAACGCUUAUCCCGGCACUGAGCGAUUUGAUGUGGAGAUGGGUGGCGUCAGCAUCAUGACCGGGCCGCAGAUGGCGUACCAGGAGUGUCAGCAGCUGAACUUGACGAAGCCGCUGAUGCCGGGAGAUCGCCUGGACUUCCGUGCGGACACACUAUCGGUGGCGACCUUCACAGUCGACUCCCUGCCCAAGCAGUGUGGCAGCACAGGGCAGCAUGUUGUUGGGUACAACGCGGUCAUGUACAUUGUGGAACCUUGGCCGAUCUUUGCCACCUGGAAAGCUUGCGUCUAUCGUCGCGGUGCCACCACCGACGCCGUGUCCUUCCAGUCGCACAUGUUCGCCCGCUCAAAGAAUGCGCAAGUGGCCGUCCUGGACACUUACACGGGCGAGGCGAAGGCAGCGCUCCUGCUGGCCAACUCGACAGGACAAUGGGAAGGCACGGUCCUUCCUUUCGGCACCGCCUUCGGCGUUCCUGACGGUACGUACCAGGUCAUUCUCAGCGAUGGCAGUGCCGAGUCAAAGAUCCGUGCUCCGUUCACUGCGGUCAAGGGGGAAAGCUACAUCGUGCUUCGUACUGGAGUGACUGAGAAGGCGGCAAACAGCUCCAGCAUCGCCUAUCCACAGGACCUGGUUGUCUAUCCCGUCACCAGCUCCGGCUGGGGACAGCGCAGCAGCGCUGCGCGCGUGUUGGCCGGGCUGCUGAUACCGCUGUUGGCUUUCAUCAGCUGCUUGUAA